AUUGCAGAAGCUAUUCUGUUCACACCGUCUUCCGGCCCCAUGCCUUCUCGCCAGGGCAGCUCGAGCUAUUCACCUGGCCCUCGCAGCCCCCUCCGAAGGAGGGUCCCCGGCGCGGGCCUGCGAUGCCGCGGUGACGCCCGGGGUCUGCGAGCUGGCAGGCGAUGGCAAUCCUCUUCUGCAACGACCUCGUUCCCACCUCUGGCCAGGCCACGGCCCUCCGGGAGUCUGGGCGCCGGCCGGUGCCACCGCUGCUCGACCUGCCCGGCGCAGGUGCGGCGUCCCCGUCGGACGACUCGGCGGGCUCCGCGGACGACGGCCAGCUAGCAGAGGUGGUGCCCUCGAAGACGGCACCCGAGAUCAGCCAGGCCGACUGGCUGCAUGGCUCGGCGACCAGGAAGGCGGUGUCGCUCUCGAGCAGAGGCCCCCCGCGGCGGGUCAUGCCGGCGGCGUUGCCGUCCGUGGCGGCGCCCUUCUCCGCGCGGGCGAGGGCGGCGCGGGAGCCUGCGGCGGAGGAGUGCGGCGUCGUCUACGACGCCUUGUGGGAGGACUGGAGCGAGUGGCUGCGCCCAGUCGCGAAGCAUCCCGCGCCAGGGGGGGGCUCGGCACGUGCGUCCGCCAGCUCCUCCGUGGCCGCGAAAGCAGGCGGCCGCCCCCGCAUGGGCGUCACCCUGCCGUCGCUGCUGUCCCGCGAGGAGAGCGCCACAGGCAGCUCCUUCUGGCCCCGUUCCGCCGCCGCGGGCUCCCUGAGCCUCCGCAGCGCCACCUCGGAGGCGCAGUGGCGCAGGCCUGGCUCGCAGCUGACCGGCCGCCUCGCCAUGGCCGACUCGUCCUCGCUGCCCCAGCAGUACUCGCUGAUCUGCAAGGAGGACGUGACCCGGGCGUCUUCCCGGCGCGACGUCGACAGCCGCUCCGCGGCCGCGCGCCGGCGGGACUGCGCGGCCCAGCAGGGGCGGCUGCACAGGAAGAGGGCGGCCCGGUGGCGCGGCAGGGCCGGCGACCUCACGGCCGGGUCCUCCCAGAGCUUGGCGCCGGAGCCCCCCUUCCCCGGCCAGGACGACCAGGAGGACCAGCUGCAGGAUGAGUUGGAGGGCGACGCCUCCAGCGCGCAGGACGGCUACCCACGGUGGAAGCGUGCCUUCGACCGUAUCCAGCAGCGCAGCCCGGCGGAGGGCCCGGCGGCCGGCCCGAGUGCUGCUCGCGACGCGGCGGCCUCGAGGCAGCCCGAGCGGGCCGCGCCGCGGCGGAGCGACCCGAGGCCGCGGUCGCGGUCCACCUCCAAGGGCCGCAGCGGGUCCAAGGGCGACUCCGUGCACAGGAGUCCUGACCGAGGCGAGGAAGCCCGGCGCCCGUCGCGAGGGAUGCCACCCUCGGCGGCGGCGGCGAGCCUGGCGAUGUCGUCCGUCGGCGGCAGCCGCGCGCGCGCCGACUCCGCCGCGGACAUCGCGAACAGCUUCAUCUCUAGUGCCCUGUCCAACAAGAACCUUGCAUGGAAGAAAAGGCAUGUCUCGUUAGACUCGCACAUCGAGUCCUUGUCGCGAAUGAAGAAGAUCGAGGAGCGUGUAAGCAAGCUGCAGCGUAUCCACGACGCACGCAAGCGGCACUUCUUCCAGCUGCCGGAGGAGGAGAGGGAGUUGUAUCAGACCGUCUUCAUGUACACCAACGGCUACACGGACCCGCACGACUGCACGCUCGAUGCGGCCAGCGUGCGCGUGUGUGCCGUAGAGGUGGGCCUCGGGGGCAUCGGCUCCGAGGAGCAGGUGGCGGUCCUGAACGCCUGCGAGCAGGCGGCGAGGUCGCCGCAGCAGAUCACGUGCGCUGCCAGCCAGGGCGUCGAGCAGGACAGCUCGACCCCGCUCGCAGACAUCAAGACGGGCGUGACGCUCUACACGUUCGCGUGCGUCCUGGUGCCGGCCCUGCGCCGGGCGCUCCACGCGCUGCGUGCGGAGCGGCUCGAGGACCUCUUCGACGACCGCGACGUGGACCACUCGGGCUCCCUGGCCAUGGACGCCUGCUGCGACCUCGUGCGGGUCUUCGCGGGCUCCCGCGCGGACGCCGCGACCGUCAGGGAGCACGCGGCGGUCAUGUUCGCCGAGUCUCCUCCCGAGGAACAUGGUCUGCGCCGGGUGAGCAUGGAGGUCCUGCGCGGCGCGAAGAACAACAGACCAGGUGGCACCUUCAGCUCCGUCGCGAAGGCGGCCGCUGGCAGGAAGUCUCAGCUGCCAGAGCCACCACGAGUCCUCAACAGUGAGCAGCUGGGCAGGCUGGUGGACGAGGUGUGCGAGGCCACGCGGCGCAGGUGCCACCAGCAGGAGCGCCACCUCCAGGCGCAGGCGCACCUCGACGGCGCCACCUUCGCGGCGACACGGCCCGACCUGCCGCUGCUCCAGAGGAUCUACCAGCGCCACGCGGGGAGGGACGCGGACCAAGAGGAGGCCUCCGCCGGCCUGACGGUGGACGGGUGCCUCCAGGUGCUGCUGGAGUUCGGGCUCCGCGGCUCAGGAAUGCGCCUGGACGCCGUAAUGCACCUGGUGGAGCAGCACGUGGGGAGGCAGGGGGAGGGCCUGAUCCACUUCAAGGGCCUUCUGGACCUCGUGGAGCAGGUGCGCCGGAGGUGCGAGCACACCGACUUCGAGCCCCUGGAGGACAGGUUCGUCCGCUUCGCGGCCGUCGAGUCCCGCACCGCCUCGGCCGAGGCCGCCCUGGCGGCACCCAUCGACCGCAGGGAGUCGGGCAGCAGGAGCACUGCGAGCGGCCCCGCGCCGAGGCACAUCCCCCUGGUGUCCGUGGCCAAAUUCGUGGACCAGACGCGCUGCCUGCCACGGCGGCGGGAGCUCCCCGACGCGGUGGCCCAGGUGGUCGAGGAGCACUUGACCUACUCGACGAGCACGCUGACCGGCGGGGACGCGGACGUCCCGCACGGCACGAUCCACUUCCCCGCGAUGGUGCGGCUGCUGCAGCGCGUCUCCGAGUACGUUGGCAGGCUGGAGUUCCAGCGGGAGGCCAAGGCCCAGAGCUCCGGGCGCCGCCCUGCCCUCUGCUGCUCCGGGCUGCCGUGGGGCAGGGGGGAGGCGCGGGGCGUGCUGCGGCCCAGCGCCCGGCUCUUGGCCGGCUUCGAGGCCGGCAUGCUUCCCUCGCUGCAGGCGCUGCUGGCCAACGCUGGCGUCGGGGGCCCGCAGGGUGGCCGGGGCUCAGAGGGAAGCGAGGUGCAGCGCAAGCGGGGCUCAGCCAGCGCGCCGGAACCCCUGAGGCCACGCCCGACAAGCCUGCUUUGGGAGCCGCUCGUGGGCCUGGAGGCGGCCGUACGGAUUGGUGCGCUGCAGGUGGCCGGCACACAUGCCAGCAGCAGCCUCUCGCCCCUGGAGGAGUUCAAGGCCAGGGAGGCCAUCGCGAGGGCGCACAGCGCCGCCAGCGAGGCCGAGCUGGGGACCCUUCUGAAGCAACACGCCGCGCUACAGCAGCGCAUCGACCUGCUGAGCGGGAAGGACUCGCGCUGGUGGCCCGAGCGGACGCACCUGCAGGCCAAGGCUACUAUGCAGCAGGCCGCCGAUGAGAAGAAGGAUCGCUUCAGCCGGUUCUGUAGCGCGCUCGCGGCGUUCCUCUGCAGGUGCGACCAGCGCACGUGCCUGAUGGGAGAGCUGCCACUGGAGCCGCAGGUGUCGCGCGAGUGGAAGGAGCUGCAGCUCUCCAGGAUCAUCCGUAAGGCCACCGAGAUGAAGGCCUCUGUCUACCGCCUUGCGUUCUUGGAGGCGCUGGAAGAGCGGACGUCGGCGCGGAGGCUGAGCGGCACGACGUACGCGUUGUUCGACCUCAGCAUAAUGUACGAGCUCAGGCGCCCCGACUUCGAGGAUGACAUCCUCAGCAAAGAUGCGCUCGAGGAGGCGGCCGGGCUCGAGGGUGCCCUGCGGGGCCUCGGCGGCUUCCAGAGCCUCUGCGGCGAGGCCCGGGCCCAGCACCGCGGCCUGUGCGACCCUGGUCUGAGCGUUGCCAAUUACCGCCUGGCCGACCGCAUUACACAAGACGGACUUCGGGGGCCUUGUUGUCCAGCUCGUCCCUGA